AAAGAUGAAAUCCUCGAAGAGCCCCAGCAUGCACCUACUCCCGCAAAAAUCUGGACCUCUCAGUAUACAAAUCUCGCUAAAGCCGCAGCGCGUGGCGCACUUCAGUCUCAAGAGCUCUAAAAAUUAUUGCAUCAUCUCCAGAGGCCCUGAGCUUAUCCCAGCCAAAAAGUGCAUCCUUCUCUCAGUCGAGAUCACUAUCAAACGCACAAUGGACGCGCUCCUGACUUCAUUUGAAGAUGCCUGGACCUCGGCCCCCGAACACAAAAAACCGCUCGUCACCCAAGCACAUCGCAAAAAAAUGGCAGGAACGCCGAUCAGACCAUGGACACCUCAGCUAUUCUCCAUCAGUUAAAGUUCAUCCCCAGUGUCUUCUCCCGAAGUACAGUUCGCCAGUGAUGACCCUAGAAACCCAAAGAACAAAAACAUCACCCCAGGCCCCCUUCAACCCUCAGUGCGCAUCUCCCAUCAGCCAUACCCACCCCUAGUGCAAGUGCUCCCGAACCAGCCACCGUGAAGCCCAUCUCCGGCCCCUCACCGCCGUGCAAAAACUCCAACACCCCUAGUGCCCUCAUGCCAAAAUCGCAAGUUGUGAAACCCCUCUCCGCCUCUACACCCCCGGCAGUUCCGCGCGCCACAACACCGCGCGCGAAAUCCAACACUCCUAGUGCGGUCAAGCCUAAAUCGCCCGCCGUGAAACUUAACUCUAACCCUACAAUUCCACCAACCCAGUGCGCCAAAAAACCCAACACCCCUACUGCAGUCAAGCCUAAAUCGCCCGCCGUGAAACUUAACUCUACCUCUACAAUUCCACCAACCCAGUGCGCCAAGUCGCCAUGCGCAAAAUCCACCCCCAGCUCCAAGCAGUCGAGCGCCCUUCAACCAAAACCCCGGACUUCACGAGCCCGAACAACCAAUAAUGCACCCUUGGACUCACAACCCAAGAAUAAUACCUCCAAGGCCACAACAAACACUCCUGGGACCAAAACGCCUGCACAAGCCCCUGGAAAACUAGCAACCACAUGCAAAAUUCCAAAGAAACCCAACACACAGGAUUCCAUGCUAUCUCGCACCACGCACCCCCCGGCCAGGACUACCCCUACACAACCACCAUCUGACACCCCCAGGAAACGAAAAUCACCGAAACGAAAAUCACCAUCCGAGUUGUUCCUCGAACUAGGCUUGGACCUACCAGACCUGUUAUCUCCACUACAUUCGCCCGUCAGCGCACCUCCGCCACCUUCCAAUGGACUUCCACCGGCCAUACAGACUCCGCCAUUCUCCCCACCCCCGAUUCCGGAACACGCCGCUAAUCCCUCCACAGCAGAAUCACCAGCAACACCAGGUACUUCAGUGGCAGCGCCUCUAGAGCCAGAGCCCUUACCUCUUUAUGCCGCACCCUUCCAGACCUCCUUCCCUACUCUACGUCACUACCCACAACCAGCCCAAUUUCUGUAUGCCCUCUCCUCCCUGCUAGGCCCCUUACACUAAUCCCCAGCCCAACCUGAAUAUUUUCUAUCAAUUCACCCCACACCGCUCCCUGAACCAUGGGUUCAACCAUACACCCCCACCCCGCUGACCGCUUCCAUCCCCGUCCACACAGGAUUCACUGGACCCACAUGGAACAGCAGAAGAGCUGGAAAACGCGUACAGCGCAAAAAACAGCGUUACGCGACUUCGUCAACCCCUCAAGUGCGCCAUUCUCUACAUUUUUGUACAUUAUAUUUCAUUACUAUUAUUGUGAGGCAGCUCCGUAUUCAGCGCCCCUCAAACUUGCCGGCUGCUUUUGAGCGCCCCCCUAGUUUAAGAUGCACCAUAAUUUUUUCUUUAUGUGGCAGCUAUCACUGAGCGCCCUCCUAAUUUAAGAUAGAAUGUAAUGUUUUUCUGAGGCAGCUACCAUUAAGCGCCCAACUAGUUUAAGAUACACCGUAAUUUUUCCUCAUGUGUCAGCUAUCACUCAGCGCCUUUCUAAUUUAAGAUAGAAUGUAAUUUUUUUCUGAGGCAGCUACCAAUAAGCGCCCAACUAGUUUAAGUUACACCAUAAUUUUUUCUUAUGAGGCAGCCACCCUUUAGCGCCUCUUACUCGUGCCGGCCGCUAUUCAGCGCCCAUGAGUUAGCUAGAAUUAUGCUAUAAGAAGCCCCCCCCCCCCAUCAUUAGCACCCCCUUCAAAUGUUCACGUGGCAGCUUCCAUAGUUAGCGCCCGUUUUUUCACCCUCCAUCUUGCCUGGUUGUUCGGCCUUUUGAAAUUGCUUCGCAAUUUUGUUAGGUGCGUAAGGUGUGGCGGCGCGGCACUCGCACUCAGUAAUGCGCGUGGCGAGCUGACGCGCCCGCUCGACGCAAUUCCGCCUUCGGCCGCUAGUUGCAAUUCGAUCGCUCGGUUCCCUAUCGCAAAGCUGCAAACCAGCCUGGUGGGGAGUCGGCGAUCGACUAUAAAUAGUGGCCGAGGCAUAGGCCGGGCACCAGUAUCAAAGACAUAAAGACGGAGUGCUCGUAUCUAAAAGCACGGGGAAAAAGUGAAGCCUGGUUUG